AUGGCCUCGCCGUCAGACACCCUGAGAUGGUCAUCCCAGCUUCAAGUUUCCCCCUCGAAUCGCAAACUGGUGGGAGACAAGAUCACCUUGCCACCAUCUGCCCUCGAAGCCCUUCUCGCCGCCGCGCCCGUUGUUUCUGUUCAGAACAGCUCCUCUAGGAAUCUCACAUCCGCGUUCGACCCCUUCAACCCUUAUUCCUUCGCCGCCGAACGUCAUGCACGGGCCGUAUUCGAAGAUCGUCAGCAGCAACUACCUCAUCCUCUCACCUUUCGCAUCGUGAACCCUCGAAAUGGUAGAGCCGUAUAUGCGGGAAUUCAGGAGUUCUCUGCCUCGGAGGGUGAUAUUGGGUUGAGUGCAGGUCUAAGGGAGGCAUUGGGUCUUCGAGAUGGAGCAUCAUUACAACAAUCGAGAGAAAGCACGCCCAGUGGCGAUGUGCCUAUGGUCAAUGGGACGGACAGCCCAAAGCCGGAGACCGUCACGAUACAUGCGAAACAAUUGCCCAGGGGAACAUACGUCAAGUUGAGGCCUUUGGAGGCCGGCUACGACCCUGAAGAUUGGAAGUCACUUCUGGAGCGGUAUCUCCGAGACAACUAUACCACACUUACUCGGGGUGAAAUCCUCGUAGUCCCCGGUCCACGCCAUGAGCGGUUUCGCUUCUUGGUCGACAAGUUUGAACCAGACGAGGAUGGAAUAUGUAUCGUCGAUACUGACUUGGAGGUGGAUAUCGAGCCGCUGAACGAGGAUCAGGCUCGAGAGAGUUUGAACCAAUUGCUGGCAAAGAAGAAGCGGCAGCAGGAGUCCGCAGAGGGUACUUCGCCUGGAGGCCUUCUCAUUCUGGAACAUGAGGUUCAUGGAAAGGUACUCCCGGGGGAUUAUGUGGACUACGAAUUGAAGCAAUGGGACCGUGGUCAAGAACUCCAAGUCAUCCUUGAGGUCCCCGACCACAACGGCAGCCUCGAUCUUUUGGUUAGUCCGUUUUCGUCGCGCCAGCGGUCCAAGCCUCGAGAGGAUGAAUACGUUUUUGGAGACUUGAGUGGGCGACCGAACAAGCGGCUGAAGCUCUCGCACACAAGUGUUGAUCUCGAGGAGGCCGAAUCGCUUAAUCUGGCCGUGCACGCCUGGCGCGAUGCCGAAAUCGAGUCCACAGACGCAAACCGGCCGAUCGCAUACACUCUCCAAAUUACAGCAGCUCCAGAGCCCGAUAUACAGCCCGAUACCUCAGACAGCGGCCCAUCUGAGCUCUCGCCUGACGACGUGGUCUGUAAGAAUUGUCGUCAGGUUGUACCCAAACGAACGCUACCGUUGCACGAGGCGUUCUGUUACCGCAAUAACAUUCUCUGUCCCAAAUGUUCCAAUGUCUUUCUGAAAACCUCUGAAGCAUGGAAAAACCACUGGCACUGUCCUCACGACGAGGAGCAUGGUAAUGAUGCCGUGUCCCGACAGAAGCACGAUUCCUUGUUCCAUCCACCUACACCGAUCCCAUGCCCUGGCUGUGACUUCAAGGCUUUCAACGUGCCCAUUCUGGCUCAGCAUCGCACAACCACCUGUCCAGGAAAGGAGAUACUGUGUCAGUUCUGCCACCUCGUGGUCCCUCAACAAGGGCCUGACGAUCCUGAUUUUGCGGACCCUGAGGUCCUGAUGUCGGGACUCACUCCACACGAACUGGCCGAUGGUGCCAGGACAACUGACUGUCAUUUGUGCGGCAAGAUAGUCAGGCUACGGGACAUGAAGACGCAUCUUCGACUUCAUGAUCGCGAACGAUUUUCCCGGCCAAAGCCCAAACUCUGCUCCAACGGCUUGUGUGGCCGGACCAUCAGACCUGACGACGAGAUGAGGGUUCAGAAGGAACAGUUGGGGCUGUGCAACGAAUGUUUUGGCCCACUCUAUGUGUCCACCUACGAUCCCGAAGGCAAGAUGUUACGGAGGAGGAUCGAGAGAAGACUCCUGCAGCAGAUCAUGGGCGGAUGUGGCAAACCCUGGUGCCGCAACAGUGACCUGUGUAAGACCGGACACAAGAAUGUCACGGGUGAAGAUAGGGUCGUGUCGGCAAAGGAUGGGUUGCCCAUGAUCAAGCCCAUCAUGGACCAGUUGUCGGAGGGAGUGACUUCUGGGUUGGUGUUCUGUGUGGACGAAGCCAGUCAGAAUCGACGGAAUCUAGCAUCCAUGAUGAGCAGCGCAGGAGAAUACGAGCUGGAGUGGUGCGUCAAGGCGUUGGAGGAGGAGAAAGGCGAUGUCAACAAUGCCACGGAGUGGUUGAAGAAUCGGGCUCCCAAGAUUGGGGAGACGGUCCAUUAA